AUGGCGGACGCCGACGAGAACAAUGAGCAGGCCGUCGAGAUCUGGAAGGUGAAGCGGCUGAUCAAGGGGCUCAACGAGGCGCGCGGCAACGGCACGUCGAUGAUCUCGCUCAUCGCGCCGCCUAAGACGGAAAUCCCCAAACUGACCGCGAUGCUCACGACCGAGUACGGCACCGCCUCGAACAUCAAGUCCAGGGUCAACAGGCAGUCCGUGCUGGCCGCCAUCACGUCGGCGCAGCAGCGCCUCAAGCUGUACAACCGCUGCCCGCCCAACGGCCUCGUCAUCUACACGGGCACGGUGGUCACGGACGACGGGAAGGAGAAGAAGGUCAACAUCGACUUUGAGCCCUUCAAACCAAUCAACACAUCCCUGUACCUGUGCGACAACAAGUUCCACUGCGAGGCGCUCGCGGAGCUGCUCACGAGCGACCAGCGGUACGGCUUCAUCGUCAUGGACGGCAACGGCACGCUGUUCGGCGCCGUGUCGGGCAACAACCGCGAAGUGCUGCACAAGUUCCAGGUGGACCUCCCGAAGAAGCACGGGCGCGGUGGGCAGUCGGCGAUGCGUUUCGCGCGCAUCCGUCUCGAGAAGCGGCACAACUACGUGCGGCGCGUGGCGGAGGAGUCCGUGCGCAUGUUCAUCACGAACGACCGCCCGAACGUCGCGGGGCUCAUCCUCGCGGGGUCGGCCGAGUUCAAGAAUGACCUGCAGACCUCCGAGCUGCUGGACCCGCGCCUCUCGGCCGUCAUCCUCACCACGGUCGACGUGUCGUACGGCGGCGAGAACGGCUUCAACCAGGCCAUCGAGCUCGCGUCGGACGCCAUGGCCAACGUCAAGUUCGUGCAGGAGAGGAAGCUGAUCGGCAAGUUCUUCGAGGAGAUUUCCCUGGACAGCGGCAAGUACGUGUUCGGCGUGAAGGACACGCUCACGUGUCUGGAGAUGGGCGCGGUGGAGACGCUGAUUGUGUGGGAGGAGCUGUCGGUGCAGCGGUUCACUCUGAUGACGCCCGAGGGCGACAUCACGCACAAGAUCCUGACGGAGGAGCAGGCGAAGGACAGCUCGCACUUCCAGGACCGCGCGACGGGGCAGAAGCUGGAGGUGCAGGAGCAGCAGGCGCUGCUGGAGUGGCUGGCGCAGGAGUACAAGAAGUUUGGGUGCCAGCUGGAGUUCAUCACGAACAAGUCGCAGGAGGGCAGCCAGUUCUGCCGCGGGUUCGGCGGCAUCGGCGGCCUCCUGCGCUACCAGGUCGACCUCACCGCGCUGGAGGCCGCCAACGACGACGCGGACGAGUUCGACGACACCGAGGACGACCACGACGACAGCAGCGCGUGGGACUCCGACGUGGACUUCAUGUGA